CCGAGCUGUCCCCUAAAUGCGUGAGACGUCUAAGCCUGUAGUUCUAGAAGAUUCGGUGUCGGUACACGUUUUAGUUCCUGUAGUUUGAUCAGUUGUAGUUCCUGUUGUGCUGGUUGAAGUGAAUCAGGAAGUGUUUUUAUUUCUGGUGAUGAUCUGAACAUUUCAGGAUGGGCGAUGAAAACCUGGACGAGAGGACUGUGGAGGUUCUCCAGAUUCCUGAUAAAGUAGACGAUGACUUGCUGUGGCUCUACUUUGAGGGCAGAAGGUCUGGAGGAGGAGAGAUUAGUUCUCUGGAUAGAAACAAGGACAAAGCCAUAAUCGUGUUUGAAAGAGCUGAAGAUGCAGCAAACGUCCUGUCCAAAGACUCCCACACUCUCUGUGAGACGAAACUGCUCGUACGCAAGAAACCCCCGAAGGAUAAGAAGAAGUUCCUGCUGCGAGGUCUUUCCUCCACCACCAGCCAGGAGAUCCUGGAGCUGUUUGUGGAGAACCUGACUGGAGUCGACGCGGGCACGUUCACCAUCCACCAGUCUGUGGAGAAAGACCUGGUCCUAGUAGACCUCCAAGAACCUCUGGCUGAGGGUUUUCAGAAGGUACGUGAGAAGGUUACUAAGAAGACGCUGGAUGGAGUGAGUCUCUCUCUAGAAGAGGUGGAGUACACAGACUCCAUUCUGGUGGAGAACCUGCCCCCUUCUGUUUCAGAGGAUCUGCUGAUUCUGUAUUUCGAGAGCCCUCGGAUUGGGGGCGGAGAGGUCACGGCGGUCAGCAUGAGCGCAAAUGGAACCGCCAAGGUGUCGUUCAAAGAUUCAGAGUUGGUGAACGCCGUGGUUCAGAAGCCUCACAAACUAGAGGACACUGACCUGAUCGUGAAACCGUAUUACUCGUUUCUGAGUGUGGAGGAAAACACACCUUCUGCAGCUUCGGAUCAGAUGGUAGAAGAUGAACACCAAGCUGCUGCCUCCACGUCUUCUACAGCUGAGGAGAACACAUCACAGGACGUCUCGAUGGCUGACGUCUCCACAACCUCACCCCGUUCUGCCAUCCCGCCGUUUACUACUCCAGCACCCCCCGGUAAAGGAAGCUCACCCGAGACCAGCAUGGAGUACGUCUCGCAGGGGGUCUCACCCGACCCGGUAACUCCUGUCUGCCACAACUUAUCUGUUCCCGACCCCGCCAAGCUGAAGCUACUUGCUUCCAGCGACCUGCUCGGUGAUCUCAGGAAUGCUUACCCUAAUUUCGAGAUCGCCCCCACGCAGGACGGCGUGGACAUCAAAGGUCCGGGACGCGACCAGGCCGAGAAGAUAAAAAACAAGCUGCUGGAGUUCGUCAGCGGUUCGACUCAGGCUCACGUUCCCAUCAGCGAGCUGAAAUCGCAGUUCCUCCAGCGUGAGAAGGUCAAACAGAGGCUCGCGUCGGUGCUGAAGGAUAACGGGGUGACCUGCACCUACACGGUGUCGGGCGGUACCCUGGUCAUGACCUCGACCUCAGUGCAGGCGCUCAACAAGGCCUGCGAGGUCAUCACGGGUCAGCUGGUCGAGACGGUCCUGCCGGUGGAGUCCAGACACGAGUGCAUGAUCUACACGCAGGAGUGGAGACACUUCCUCACCACGCAGGACUGCUGCGCCCAGGUGUCCGGCGACGCCAAAUGCAUCGUCCUCGUCGCCCUGAAAGACGAGGAGAAGGAGAUCAGGUCCAGGAUGGAUCAGUUCCUCAGCACGCCCAUUCAGAUCGAGAGGGUUCUGAGUAUGGAACCAGCCAUGCUCGAGUACAUCCAGCUGCACCACCAACAGCUGCUCAUGGACAUGGGCGAGGUCGUCAUUUUCCCCCUCGAUACUGGAGACGGACUGAGUAUCCAGGGCGACGCCAUGAUGUGCCACAACGUGUGGGAGCUUCUAUCCGGCAUCAUUUCAGGCACCCUGACCAAGAACCUCACGGUGAAGCAGCCGGGCAUCGCUCGCUUCCUGCUGCAGGACGAGGGUGCCAGCAUCUUAGGGGAGAUGACCGUCAAGUUCCAGGUUUACAUCAGUCUGGAGAAGGUGCACUGGGAACCCCUGAAGGAACAGGACGUAUUGGAGCUGGCGUGGAAGAUGACCUCGAGUCAGAACUUCAGGAGAACCGCAUCUGUAGAACGUUUAAUAGAUUUAAAAGACAACAGCCACAAUGAAGGUGCUGAUCUACUGACCUCAGCUCGUUUACAAGAAGCCAGGAGGAUUUUGGCGAAUGUUGGGAGCGAUCGCUCUUCUGAACCCUCCAGUUUGAGAGCUACAGGGAUGGAGGAGGACGUGGAUCUGUACUCCGGAGCAGAUCAGGAGAUGGAGGAUCCAACCGACGAAUCGAUCCCUCAGACUGAAAACAGCAGCACUCUGGAUGAAGACGCGGGACUCUUACUGGCCAUCCAGCUGUCCAUGGAGGAGAGUCGCAAUUCAGUCAGGUUUGCAGAUGACGAUCUACAGAAGGUGCUCGAGCUCUCCAGAAACGCGGCGGCGGCGGUGGACGAGAGCAGCAUGCUGUUCCAAGCCAUCUCCGACUCCCUGCAGGACUCCGUCCGCUCGGCUAACGUGGGCGAGAUCAAGGUGUUCGCCAGCUACCCGCACGACCUGGUCCGGGUGGACAUCGCGCUGGGCAAGAAGGUCGGCCAGAGACAGUGCGAGGAGAAGCUGGAGCACACGUGCUUCCGAAAGCUCUCGUCCAUCCACAGGCGCUGCUUGGACCUCAUCAGGAGGAAACAUGCCGUGGACAUUCAGAUCCAGGGAACCAGUGCCGUCGUCUCGGGGUUUAGGGACUACGUCUCCGAAGCCCUGCCCGACCUGCACGAGCUGAUGAAGAAAGCGGCCGACGCCGUGACAGACGCCGAGAUCCUGAGGACCGUGCAGUGGGUGAGGCACCAACAGGGCGGAGGGGCGGUGCCGUACUCGCCCGAAGCCAUUGUGUACAUGGAGAACGCCUGGAGGGCGAAGCAGAAGAAGAUCGACAUUCUGUUCGACGGUCAGCCCUACACCAUCGACUUUGAGAGGAUGCAGGAGUACAGCGUGUCGUCCGGAUGUUCGGAGCAGGUCUCGCGGAGGAUGGUCAGCUCUCUCGACCUGUACACGGAAUUCCAAGAGGAUUACAGUUUGAUUUCGGACGUACCAGACGCAGCCAGACUUGAAGAAAAUUCAGCGGAAUAUAACCAAGUUGUUGAAGAAUUCAAACAAAGCAUUCGGGGCAAUAAGUUCAAAAUCAUCCAGGUGGAGAAGCUGAUGAACCGCCUGCUGUACAGUCAGUACAGGUUAAAGAAAGUGGACUUGGAGCAGAGGUCCAUGAUGACGCAGGUGGAGCGGACGCUCUACCACGGUACCAGCGAGAGCAGCGUCAAGGAGAUCUGCAUCCACGGCUUCAACCGGAGCUUCUGCGGAAAAAACGCUACUGUGUAUGGACAGGGAGUGUACUUCGCCGUUCAGUCUUCUCUCUCCUUCUCGGACACCUACUCGCCCCCCAACGCCGACGGACACAAGUUCAUAUUCGUAGCCAAAGUCUUGACGGGGGAGUACACCGUGGGGACGAACAACAUGAGAGCCGCACCCCUUAAGGAGAGUUCCGGGAUACCAGACAGAUACCACAGCGUGGCGGACAGGAUGGACGAUCCCUCCCUGUUCGUCAUCUUUAACGACACGCAGGCUUAUCCGCAGUACCUCAUCACCUGCCAGAAGAUCGGAGCCUGACGUCAAACGCAAACACACAUCGGUUUAAACCGGCGAAAAUAAGUUCAGUGUUAAUUAAUUAGUUUAUUCUGUUCAGAUCUGAUCGUGCUGGUUUAAAACUGUCCGGAUUGUUCUGCUCAUGAUUCAUCUGCAUCUAAACUUUCAAAAAAUAGUAAUAAUAAAUUACUGACAUGAAACCUUGACACUAGUUCGUAUAAGAAAUACAGACACAUUCUGUAUGAAUUACAGACUUGCACGUCCUCCUGAUUCCUCAUGACUGAUUAUGACUGUUUACAGCUGCUGACUUCUGUGUGCCCAUAUAAACAGGUCUAGUUUGACAGCACCCAUUACAAACUACAUGGCACAGUGGUUGCAAUCAGUCUUACAAACACACAAUAAACAAGCAUAAACAAAUCUGGCAUGAAUUAGAAUACCUGGAACACUGGUGACUUUGUCAAGCAAGCUUUAUAUCACCGGGGGCUUAGAGGCUCCGGGUUUGAUUGUUCAUGUGAUUAGGAACAAGCAUAAAGGUGAUUUUAUUUCAGCUGUGUGUGUUUAAUGCUCUGUGCUCCAUAUGAAACUUUAUAAAAGCACCACCUGCAGGAUAAACAUUACUAAAUAUUUAUUUGUUGUCAGUAGAUGCAGUAGAUUUAACAUAGAAAACACCCUUUUUGUUUUGCUUUAUAUUUCCCAUUGGACGAUGUUUGGUUACUCCUCUAAUUGUAUUCAUCCAUCAUGUUGCUGGCCGUCCUCUUCCUCAUUUACCUUCAACUUGUUGAAGCAUAAUUAUCUUUCCCAAUAAACCAUUUCUUCUAUAAUGUGAACAGAA